ACCAAAUCAUGGCGCUGGUUCGUUGGGCUGCUGAUGGCCCGUCCCGUCUGGAGCAAAUGCGGUCGCCCUUCCCUCGAAGACUUCGGGUCAUCGUGUCUACCAGUCUACCACCUCCUUAACCUCCCAGCUGACCACUUCCCCCUUCUCGUCUCAUCGCACAUUAGUGCACCAUUCCUAGCUCGGCGUCGUCUCGGCUCUCGCUUGCUUGCUUUCUUGCGCUGCGAGUCUGCAGGUUUGCAAUGGACCGUCUGCGCCGGCGGCCGGAGCCGGCGGCGAUCGACAUCUCGUGGGUGUCGUGCCGCGGCGUCAGGUCGACGCUCCCGUUCCACACGCCGUGCCUCUACGCGUCCAUCUUUGUUACCUCGUCGUCAGCCAAGAACGUCCGCGGUCACCGCCGGCCCCAUCGAGUGAAGACGCCCACAGACCGCGCCGGCGGGGAGAACCCCGAGUGGGACGCGCCCCUGCGGCUGUACCUCCCCGACGCCUCGCCGCCGGCCCCGGAGCUGGAAGCAAGCGAGAAGAAGGACAGAUCAGGCGAUGACAACAGCGGCAGCGGCGGCGGCGACGUCCUGCUUGUGCGGUUCGAGCUCAAGGCCGAGGUGGCCGUCCUCGGCAACGUGCUCGCCGCGUCCGCCGCCGUGCCGGUCCCCGACCUCGUCGCCGACGGGCGGACGCGGCGCGUGUCGUACCAGCUGGCGGGCCCCGACGGCAGGCAGCCCAACGGCGUGAUCUCCUUCUCAUACGCCUUCCACGAAAGAAACAACGACGACGACCACAGCAGCGACGGCGAGCCCGUCGCGCCACCCUGCCCCACCGCGCCCAGUGCCGUCGCGCUCCCACCGCCCACGACAGCGGCGGCGCCACGGCUGUACCCGGCGAUAGAGUGGCCGCUGACGGAACACAUACCCAUUUACCCGCCGGUGACGUCGUCUGAAACUAUCACGGUAGCGGGCAUGCAGUACUACCCUCCUCCACCGCCGGCGACUCCAGUGGAGCCGGUUGCGGUCUACUCGCCGUCACAAGAGACGUCGGCCUGCGGCGUGUACCCGGCGGCAGGGGAGCCGGCCAGCUCAUUGUACCCCGCGGUGGGCCUUGCUGCGGUGAGCUGUUAUCCGCCAGCGCCGCCGCCGCCGUACGGUGUGGGAUGUGGGUACGCGGCGGCGCCGGGAUGGGACGACCGGUGUUUCUACAGUUGACGCCGUAGUUACGCGGAUCUGAUUGACUGUUUCUUUGUGCUGCCCGCCCGCCUCCGUGUUUUUUUCCCGUUCAUCUUCACAUGUAACAUUUUACGCGGAGCCGGCGCGCGGCGUGUACUUGCGAGUUCCAAACUUCAUAUCUGGUGUGCAAUUAGGUGUUCUCAUUCUGUAUUCUUACUUCAUAUUCUUGAUAUUCAUUGACUUGUAUGCACCGAUCAAUUCA